AUGACCCACCCGGCGCGAGAAGAGCGGCCCCCCAAGCGAGGGCGCUUCAUGGCCGUCUGGGCCGCUGUCCUCGAGCGGGCAGCUCCGGGGUCUGCCGUGCUGGCGCAGGAGGAGGACCUGGCCGUGUCCCUGCAGCUCAUGAACGUGGGCGGCAGCCCCCUUUCCUCCGCGGAAAGCAAGCUGGAGGCCCUGAAGACCAGCUUCGUCGAGAAUCCGCAGUACUUCUGCAACACAUGCGUCCGCCACAUCAAGCGCAGGGACAUCGUCCUCAAGUGGGAGCUCGGGGAGGGCGCCUUCGGCAAAGUCUUCCUGGCCGAAUGCUACAGCCUCAGCCCCACGCAGGAGAAGAUGCUCGUGGCAGUCAAGACCCUGAAGGAAGUCACCGAGACGGCCCGGCUGGACUUCCAGCGCGAGGCGGAGCUGCUGACGGUGCUGCAGCACGAGCACAUCGUCCGCUUCUACGGCGUCUGCGCCGACGGCGAGCCGCUGAUCAUGCUCUUCGAGUACAUGAAGCACGGGGACCUCAACCGCUUCCUCCGGUCCCACGGACCGGAUGCGAAGAUCCUGGAUAACGGGAACGGCCAGUCCUUCGGCCAGUUGACCCUCAGCCAGAUGCUCCAUGUGGCCACGCAGAUUGCCUCCGGCAUGGUCUACUUGGCGUCUCUGCACUUCGUCCACCGGGACCUGGCGACCCGGAACUGCCUGGUGGGACACAACCUGGUGGUGAAGAUUGGAGACUUUGGCAUGUCCCGGGACAUCUACAGCACGGACUACUAUCGGGUUGGGGGCCGGACCAUGUUGCCCAUCCGGUGGAUGCCGCCAGAGAGCAUCCUGUAUCGGAAGUUUACCACAGAGAGCGACAUCUGGAGUUUCGGGGUGGUCCUCUGGGAGAUCUUCACCUACGGAAAGCAGCCGUGGUACCAGCUCUCCAACACGGAGGCGAUCGAAUGCAUCACCCAGGGCCGUGAGCUGGAGAGGCCCCGGACCUGCCCCUCGGAGGUCUAUGACAUCAUGCAGAGCUGCUGGCAGAGGGAGCCUCAGCAGCGGCAGGACAUGAAGGAGAUCCACAGCCGGCUGCAGACCCUGGUCAAGGCCCCUCCUGUCUACCUGGCUCUCCUCAGCUAAGACCCAGGAAGGAGGAGGCGACUUGGGCCGGCCUCUCCACCCAGCCAGGAUCCGCCUCCAACCUCCAGCCAACUGCUCCACUCUGGGACGGCAGAUAUCCCACCCUGACAAUGUCGCUGGCAAAACCAGGCAUAAUUUCCUCUUCAUUUUUAUCUGUGACCUGGGGAAGGAGAGGACAGGAGGAUGAGAUUCUCCAUCAAGCAUUUAAAAAAAGAUCUGUUUGUCCGAGGAGAACAAAGACUCUAGCAAGAAUUGACCUCCGGACGGCUGCCCCCCUUUGUCUUUUGGCCUAGGGGAGAGAAGGGUGGAUACUGGUAACGGAAGGGACGUGCGGAGGGUGGCGUCCUUCCUUUUCACCAUCUUUGCGGUGGAGAGGACUCUUGGAAAGAUGUGGCAAUAGGAGGCAAUGCAGUUUUGCCGGUGGGGGAGGCAAAUAGGGUCGCUGCUGGGAAACUUUAACUUACUGCUCUAAGCUUUAGAUGUGUAUUAUUUAUUGCAAUAGGUAGCUUCUGCCAGGGUGGUGGGAGGGCACUGAGGUGAGCCUCCGGGAUCGGGAAGGCUUCACGAAUGAGAUCUGUUUCCAGCCGAAGGUAGGUUCUGACAGUGAGGAGGGGCAUCCAGCAAAUGCCCCAGAGGAGAGGUGUGGCUUGUGGGGAACGGGAUGAGCCAGCGAGCCUGAGGUGCCACGCGAGUGGACUCACAGCUCUACUUGCUGGUCAUGGGAUCCUCGAACGGGAGAGUUGGAAGGGGCCAUGACGUCCCUCGGGUCCAACCUCCCGCUGUUGCAGGGCACCGUGGUCACUCUCUGGAUACCGAUUCUAACUUACCUAGCGAUUGUUCCAGCGCAGGCUAAAGCCGCAAGAAGCACAAAACCCCAAGGGACCACCGUGCUUCACAAGAAGGGGCUCAUGGUGGAGGCCCCCGCUCUCUGGGAAGAGGGCAGGGUGGGUGAGGUUGCGCAGACUGGGCAGCAGAUGUGGCCUUGAGACUGCCGAACGGGGCCGGAGCCACGCACGGGGACAUCUCGGCCGGCAUGGAACGCAGGACCGUCCACCCUGGCCACAGUCUGGCUUGCCCUCACCAUUCAGCUCUGGAUGGGGGGGGGGGGUGAAUGCAGACGGUCCCUCGCUUGCUCCAGAAAUCCUGCCAAAGCCAAAAGUUGGAUGAGGGGCUCAUAUGUAUCUCUCACUCUGUAUUUCUAAGCAUUUACUGAGCGCACAUCACGAGUGUCGGGAGCAGGAACAGGGGGACCUCCAGCAUCCCUGAUUUCUGCAAAUUCAUCGCAGGCUGGAGAAACCCGCUGUGAGCCACACAAGGACUGUCUCUCUGGCCUGACGCUCGCCGGGAGAGCUCUCCCCGCCCAAAGGCUGUCUGUCAGAACUGGAAGCAAAUGGUGAAAAGAGACCCUGCUGAAUGUGGAAAUAAAAUC